AUGUACUGUGGAGCUGUAAGAAGGGUAUCACGGAAAGAUAUAAAACUGGUUUCAUUUGCCAUGGAAAUGGAGGAUAACGAUCCGAAAAGCGAUCGGUAUAACGAAUGUUUUUAUGCGGGAGACUCUAGAGAAUACAUUAGUUUGCUAAAUGCUAAUAAGAAACCACUUCAUGAUGUUAUGGGUUUUAGAAAAGAGAGAAAUGGUACCACAAUGGACAUUGCACUUCAGUGGUGCGUAGAUGGAUACACAGAGACAAUGCUAGGAUUUGCCAAUAGCAUCCGCACCAAUGAUGGUGGAACACAUAUAGAUGGUGUGAAAGCUUCUAUAACAAGAACUCUUAACCGCCUUGCGAGAAAGUCGAAAGUUGUCAGGGACGAGAAUAUUACCUUCAGUGGGGAGCAUGUUAGGGAAGGACUCACUUGCGUAGUCUCAGUCAUUGUGCCAAAUCCUGAGUUUGAAGGCCAAACACAGACGAGGUUAGGAAAUCCAUAUGUGAGGGAAAUUGUUGAGCAAUCAGUGCAGGAGUACCUAACAGGGUAUUUUGAAUUGCAUCCAGAUGUACUUGAGAGCAUCAUCUCCAAAUCCUUGAACGCUUACAAGACUGCUUUUGCUAUCAAGAGGUUAAGGGAAUUGCCAAGACCAAAAAGUGUAUCAACGCCCUGCACCGUUCCUGAGAAACUGACCAACCGCUCUUCUGAAAAAUCUGAGAUCAUAGGCAGAGGAGAUUCUUCUAGUGGUGCUGCAAAACAUGUCCAUGAGAGGCGUUCCCAGACCAAAAGGACACGGGAACAGCCUUGGAGUGAUGGUGCAGUCUCUACAGCUCCUGGAGAAUCUUUAGGGAAGACUAGUGAUUCAAGUCUUGAGAGGAAACGCCAGAAACUGCAGAAGUCUUGUGUUCCAUCCUCACAUCCCUCUUUUUCUACACGACAAAAAACUGCUCAUGCUUCAGACCCACCAAACCCUAAAAAUGUUAGCCACAAGACCCUCAAAGAUCUAGCUCCUAGCUCUGAGAAAACCGGACCAUGUAUCCCAGUCGGUCCUGGUUUCCAAGCUGAAAUUCCGGUGUGGAUUGCCCCUACCAAGAAGGGUAAAUUUUAUGGCAGUCCCGGGGAUUCCGACACUCUUAAAUGGCUUGGGACUGGUGUUUGGCCAACUUAUAGCCUAAAGAAGAAAGCUCACUACAAAAAGGUCGGCGAAGGAAGAUCCGACGACUCGUGUUCUUGUGAUUCUCCAAGAUCAACCAAUUGCGUAAACCAACACAUUAAAGAAACAACGGAGCUUCUAGAGAAAGACAUAAACCGUGCUUUCUAUACUUGGGAGUUUGAUAAAAUGGGUGAAGAACUUGGAUCAAAGUCAUGGACAGCCAACGAGGAGAGAAGGUUCAAAGAUCUUGUGAAGAAGAAUCCUUUGUCAACUACUGAAGGAUUUUGGGAUAUUGCUGCCAAGGCUUUCCCAAGGAAAAGUCUCAAUGAUCUCCGCAGUUACUAUUAUAACGUUUUCCUCAUCAGACGUAUGAUAUUGCUUACUCACUCUUCUGCUGACCACAUCAGUAGCGAUGAUGACCACAACGAUGACUUCUUAGCUGGAUAA